CUCACUCGCACGCGCACUCACUUCCGUGCGCUUACACACUUGUAUAUUACGUUAACUUACCUGAGUACAGGACUACCAGCAGCCUGAAAGAUGCUGAAAUCUCUGCGUUUCCAGUUGAUGGUCAGGAAAAACAAGCCUUCCCGAACUUGGUAUGAAGGAAGUGUUGAAGAUGAGGAGGAGGAGGAGAGAAGGAAGAAGACGAAGACUUCCAUGUGGUGGAGGUCGAGGAUGAUCAAGUGGACAGACAGAGCCUGGACAGUGCUUGUUCCGCAUGGGAGGUCUCACCUACGCUGGGACUGGAGGAGAUCAACUUAAAUCUGCUGUGUGAUCUGAAGCUCUCAGAGCCAAGCAAACUGCUCAGCCUCAGUCAGAUACAGCAGCUCUCUCAGCACUUCCCCGACAUGCUGAGCGUCUGCAAUUGGAUGCUGAUCUAUGAGACACAAACCCACGGCAGCAGCCUCAGCACGCUGUACAGGAUGGCCGAACAGCUGGACCACUGCAUGGUUCUGAUGAUCCAAGACUCCUUUGGCCAGGUAUUUGGCGUCAUAUGCUCCGCCCCUCUUAGAGUGAGCUCUCACUACUACGGCACAGGACAAACCUUUCUGUUCUCCUUUUCCCCACAUCUACAGGUUUACAAAUGGACCGGUGACAACUCAUACUUCAUUAAAGGAAGCGUGGAUUCCCUGCAUUUUGGCGGAGGAAGGGGCAGGUUUGGACUGUGGCUGAACAGCGACCUGAUCCGGGGUCGAAGUCAGAACUGCGACACGUUUGAUAACGACAUUUUGUCCACCGAAGAAGAUUUCAUGAUUAAUGAAAUAGAAGUGUGGGCCCUUGUCUGACUGCACGCCUCCAGAGGCUUUGUUGUAUUCUUAUCUGAGGAAGAUCAGACGCGCAUCACCCCAGCUGGGGCGGUGUGAACAAAAACGGCAGUGUGAACCGGCACAGAUGGUUUCGGUGCCGGUGCCGGCAAGAGAGGGCUUACGACGAUGACGAGGGAAAGCUUUUCCAAUAAGAAAAUAGUGCCUGUUUACUUCAUGUGCACUAACUUGGAUUGAGACCCUAACUUGGUUUUUUAUGGCAAUACUGCCACCCAGAGGCCAACCUCUGGAAUGUAUGGAGAAGAAGAGUUUAGAGGAUUACUCUCUGGCACCACUAGAGUGUGCUAGGAGCAAAGAAAAAUCAACUUUGGAUGGAUUUGACAUGAAGGGCCAGAUUACCAGUCCAGGAUUAAGUCUAAACCUAGACUGAGAGGUGGUUUUAGCAGUAAGCCUUCGCAGUAAUGAUGAUAAUGAUGAUGAUGAUAACUUUAUUAAUAGAAGUAAUGAGGUUGCACAGUAAUGGGUGAAAUGUAUUAAAUAGUAAAACCACUGGCAUUACAAUUUUGUCCAAGAAUACACUCUUUAAAAAGAUUCUUCAGGGGUUCUUCAAUAAAGAAAAUGGUUCUGUAUAGAACCAUGAACACUCACUGCAUCCUUUGCAUGAUUAAAGGGUUCCUUGUAUCAUGAAAUGGUUUUCAGAUUGAUUGAGAAUGUGCUGUAGAUGGUUCUGUAUAAAUAAAAUAGUCACUUAGUAUAUUGAAAUAAUGACUUACUGUCUUGGCAUAUCAAAAUAACAUUGUCUUAAAAUAAAUCGAAAUAUCUUGAAAUGAUGACAUUUCCAUUACAUAAUGACUAGUUUUCUCAGAAUAUUGAUGCAGUUUAGCAAAAUAAUUUAAUCAGGGGUUCUUUAAGUGUUCAUGGUUUUAUAUGACACAAUUUUCUUCGCUAAGGGAUCCUUGGAGAACCAGUGUGUAGGUUUAAUUCAAGUCCAUAAAUCUAGCCAAAAGUGAUGGCACCCAUUACUUCUAAAGGGCCCAUAUCCUUCUUUUUUUCUGCUGUUUUACUUUUUUGUUUUUGGGUGGUUAUAUGUACCACAAACAACUGCAUAAUUUCCAACAUAUUUUUGUACCUUAGAGUUCAGCACAUUUUUUUUAUUACCUUUAAGAUUGAUAUGUGAAUGGGUUUGGUUCUGAUUGGCUGCCCUGUAUUGUGCCUCAUUCACGAAGCAUUCCAGGCUGAAGAACACAUUGGUGACACUUUAUUUUGAGUGGUCCUUUUAGAUAAAACAAACACUCAACAGACUCUCAGUAACAUGUGAAAAAAAAUUAGAGGGUUAGGAUUAUGUUUUGGUUUAAGGUUAAGGUUAGGGUUAGGAUUAGGGCCAGGGUUAGGGUUAGGAUUUGCGUAAGGUUGGGUAUGGUUAGGUGUUUGGUAAGGUUGGGUAAGCUUAGGUUUGGGCAAGGUUAGGUUUUGCGUAAUUGAAGUAACAUAUUAACGAUACGAUCGAACGAUCUACUUAAUGUAAAUAAUGUAUCAACAGAACAUUAAGAUAUUUACUUCAGUGUAUUCAGAUGCUUCACUACUGCUACUUCACUGAUAUGUUGCUGAUGUGUUACUCUGUUAAGAGUUUAAUCGUCUACAAAGGACCACUCCAAAUAAAGUGUUGCAAACACUUCUUAUAACUUCAGAAAGAAUGGGCGGGGCUAUGUAUGGAAAUGCAUUGUUUUUUUUUCUGCCAUUAGAAAAACUGAUUCAAAACAGCUUAAAUGGUACAUUUUAAAACUACAGUUUUACAUACUACAUUGAACUGCUUGCUUUCAAAGAAGUAAGGAAAAUGUGGUUGAUUUUCCAUGAUAUGGGCCCUUUAAUGUAAGGAAAAUACAAGAUUUUCACUCUAAAAAAAAGUAAUGGCACCCUUUACUUUUAACUCAGCUGGUAUGUUCAAGUAAGACCUUUUUUGAAAGUCAUGAAACCCGACUGAUCCAGUAGACGCACUACUGAUGUACUGUCAAUAGCAUACAAACCUGUACUGUAAUGGAGAAUCUAGUGCAUCGCACCACCGCGCACUGUACUGCGGCUCAGAAAAUGUUGCCAAGGGAACGGCAGAGCAGCCGCCGCAAUUUAUAUGCAGUUAGGUCAGUCUUUCCUCGCUGACAGUGAAAGCGAUGAUGGGACCAAGAGGAAGAUCACAGUGAUUCGUAAGGAUUUGAUCAAAGUGCCUUUUUUGUUCUUUUUUUUUUUACCUUUUUUUGUGUAGCAGAUGGCCGACAUGACAGAUGGAAUGGAGCUACUGUCUGCGGAGCAUCAGCUUUGGUCUAUUACACUGCUGCUGUCUGCCAGUUACAAUGCACACCAGCGCUUUGAGUCAUUUAUAGCAAUUACAUGAUCGUUAUAAUGUGUACAUAAAGAUGUUCAGAAGCUUUAUGCUCACAUUUCCUUCUCUUUUCACGCUCUCUGUGUCUCUGAAGUGUGAAACCGAUGGGAUUUUGUUCCUGAGCAAUCGUGCGUGUUGAUAGCUGAUGUGAUUGUCCUUACUUGUGGAAUAUAUGUCCAGUUGUGUGAAAUGGCACUGUGGUAAAGGUGUAGCUGUUUAAUUUGGGAUAUUUAUGUAUUAUAUAUGGACAAUUUAUCAGUAGUAGAGCAAUUACAAGGCAAUGCAGCAGCAUUAUUAAUAGUAGUGUCUGACUCUAGAUGUGUUAUGUUUUGUUGCUGAACCUGAUUUAAAAGCUGAAUUGUAUGUUGAGUUUGUUAUAAUCAAUAAAACUGUUCUGAUGCAAA